AUUAGAGCCCAAGAAUAUCACUGGCAAAAUGUUUGUGUGCGCGUGCGUGCGUCUUGCGUUCAUGUGUGUGUUUGUGUGUGUGACGUCCUUUCCUUGUCAUUCCACACUUUCAUCCUCUCUCUUUCCCUUUCAGACAUUAACGAGUGUAAGAUAGACAGAGUAUGUGGAAAGAGGGGGAUCUGCCAAAACCUGAAUGGCAGCUACUGGUGCCAGUGUUCUGCUGGAUUUACUAACUUCGGCAACAACCAAACUAAGUGUGUAGGUGAGAGACAAGCACCAUUCCACCUGUCGUCCAUGAUGCACUCCUUUGUCAUGCAUGUGGUAGAGCAGGUAUGUAGACCUGGUUUUGUGGGGUAUUGGGAUAAUUUUCCUUCAUGUUUUUUCUUCAGAGCUAAAUUGUGACCAAGAUGAAACACAGGGUACGACUGGACAGGUAAGUUCUUCAUGUUAAAUAAUGAGUAAGCUUGGAAUUUAGAGAAGCAUACCUCACUUGAUCUGGUAGUGUAUGUAUUUAUGUUCUCUCUCUCUCCUCUUCCUCUCUCUCUCUCUCUCUGUCUCUCUCUCUCUCUCUCUCUCUCCCACAUCUCUCUCUCUCUCUCUCUCGCUCUCUCUCUCUCUCUCUCUCUCUCUCUCUCUCUCUCUCCUCUUCCUCUCUCGCUCCUCUUUCUCUUUCUCUUUAUUUAUCUCCCUCCCAGACUCUACCAGGCUUUGGCAGUUUCUUGUCUCUGAGAAACAUCUGUUUGAUGUUGAGUAAAUCUACAUUGUCUGGACCUACAGGAAAUGUGCUUUUGACAGUAAGUCACCACACAGAAACACACACACACACACACACACACACACACACACACACACACACACACACACACACACACACACACACACACACACACACACAAACAUAGGUAUACAACCCUUAUGUCUCUCUUCUAUAGUUACUGGUUAAUGCCACUGAUGUUCUUCAAUUGGGCCUCCAGUCCAACGGUCACCGUAGUAGCAGUGAAGUGACUAGCUUACUGAGGACAGUUGAAAUCUCUAUCAGACUGAUCGCUCCACAGCUGACAGAGAACGUGACCAGGAUAGAGACCAACCACACAGGUAACACACACACACUGAGCACACGCUGACCACAUAUUUACAAUUUACCAACCACCACGCAGGUACCAUAGGUUACCACAAUCUGAACACCAUACUGACUGUAAACGGAGCACUAACAAGCACAUUAGAUUGUGACAAUGUAAAAAUUAAAUAAAUGCAAGAUUGUGUUCUUUCAGUAAUGGUGAUUUCUGAUCUGUGUUGAUUUUGUCUAUCUUGAUAAACAGAGGCUGAGAUUAUGGUGAGGAGAGACAAGACUCCACCUGAAGGACCAGUCAGCCUGACCAAUGAGAACACUCAACUUGACACCACCUGGGAGACGGCGGUUGGAGAUUACCAGAAUUACCCAGGUAGCCGCAGUCCUACAGUACCAAUCAUCUUCUCAAAAUAUUAUUACAGGCACACAUUGAUGGAUUCGCUUGGGAUAUUGUUGCACAUGUUUUUGUAUCAGGCCUUAUGUUUUCUUGUGUUUGUUUUUUGUGUGCAGGGUUUGCCUUUGUCGUUCUGCUCAGCUAUAAGAAUCUGGAUACUCUGAAGGACAGUUUUUCUCAUCAGAGCCAGCAGCUCAUGUCCAGUGCUGAGACGGUGUCCGUUAGCAACUCCAACACAACAAACCUGCCCCAACCGGUUAAUCUCACCUUCAAUCACCUGCAGGUAACACUUGUGUCUCUUCUUAAUAGUCUCUGGCUGUCAGUAAAACAUGUUUUUCAUUUAUAUAUUUUCCAUGAAGUCAAAUUUUUUCCUGAAUUGACUGAGUGAAAAUGGAAUUAACCCCAACUCAUAUAUACACUGUAUCCUAGUCCAGUGAUGUUGACUCCACUUGUGUUUAUUGGUCGGAUGGGAAUGGACCGGGGGAGUGGUCUGGGCGGGGUUGCACCUCUGUGAUGUCAAACCAUCUCAGCACAUUUGCUCUGCUGGUGGGAAUCCACCACAAAAAGGUGAUGAGAACACUGUAGCAGUUCUGAAGGGGGAGAAAAUAUAUUCCCAGAUAUCUGUGUCAGAUUUCCUUUGGUUCCUCUGGAAAUGUCAUGUUUUAUAUUGCUACAUUUAAGUGUUUAAUGCAUGUGUUACAUUAUUGAAGUGUUUGAUCCAUUUGUCACAUUAUUUAGGGGAUUUUGAUGUUUGUUGAGUGCUGAUGUUGUUUUGGGGCUCGGCUGUGUGUUUGAUAUGUUCAUACUGUCUAGAUGGUGUGUCUGAUGCUUGUUAUUCCUCGUUUGCAGAGAAGCGGGUAGCUGUCGGUGGUGAUGUGGGUGGGCAUUUCUGUGGCACUGGCCUUUGUGGUCCUAUCCCUGAUCAUGUCCCUAUGGUGUCGAUUUGUCAGCCGCAAACGCCGUGGAGGACACCGACUGCAACAUGAUAUACAGCUCCAUAGCAAA